AUGGCCACAGGUUAUCCACCCGAACAACGAUAUACGCGAUUAGAGAAACUAGGUGAAGGCACUUAUGCAACAGUAUAUAAAGGCAAAAAUAGAGCAACUGGAGAGAUUGUUGCUUUGAAAGAGAUUCAUCUGGAUCCUGAAGAAGGAGCACCAUCUACUGCCAUUCGUGAAAUAUCUUUAAUGAAAGAACUAAAACAUCCAAACAUUGUACGCUUGCAAGAUAUCAUUCAUACAGAGAACAAGCUAAGCCUUGUGUUUGAAUAUAUGGACCAAGACCUCAAGAAAUACAUGGACUCAACCGCACGUGCUACGCGUGGUGCAUUGGACGUCAGUAUCAUCAAAUCCUUUAUGUAUCAACUUUUAAGAGGUAUCGCCUACUGUCACGAGAACCGCGUUUUACACAGAGACUUGAAACCACAGAACUUAUUGAUCAACAAGCACCUUCAAUUAAAGCUUGGUGAUUUUGGACUUGCUCGUGCUUUUGGUAUUCCAGUAAACACAUUUUCAAAUGAAGUCGUUACUCUUUGGUACCGUGCACCUGAUGUCCUUUUGGGUUCUCGUAUGUAUUCAACAUCAAUCGAUAUCUGGUCAGCGGGUUGUAUCAUGGCAGAGAUGUAUACAGGACGCCCACUAUUUCCUGGAUCAACAAAUGAAGAUCAACUACAGAAAAUAUUCAGAUUGUUGGGAACACCUACAGAACAGACAUGGCCAACCAUAUCUCAGUUUCCAGAAUACAAGCCGCCUCAGGUGAUCUAUCCUGCUCAACAUAUCUCACAGGUUCUGACGACAAUUGAUCCAAUUGGCAUUGACUUGUUAAGUCGUAUGCUUCAAUAUCAACCUCAGAUGAGAAUUAGUGCAAAGGAUGCUUUAGAACAUGCUUACUUUAAUGAAGUGAGAUUCCUUUUUGAAAACAGUGCUCCUACAAAAGUACAAGAUAGUUAG